GAAAUCGUAUUAUCUUCAUUCUGCCACAUUGAAGAUUGAAGUAAAGGGAACUAUCAAGUUAUGUUGUGGUAUAUGUUCUUACACUUUUCACCUUUCUACAGUAUGCUUUUUUUUUUUUUUUUACUUUAUAACUAAAAUCUUGUGGUUCUCUGUUGAGAAAACGACGUACUACAAUGUUUAGACAAAAAAGAAAGUGAAAAAGCCUUCUUCAAUUCAAAGCACAAAAAAGCGAAGGCGAGCUUCUGUAUUCUUAUUCUCUCGCGGUGGCCGGAGGAGAUUCAUGGCGACGGCUAACGGAGCAAAGACUCCGUCGAGUUUGGCGACGGCCAACGGAGCAAACAGUCCUAAGGUUUUGUUAUAUUCCAUUCUGCUUACGCUUCAGUACGGAAGCCAGCCUCUGGUCUCCAAACGCUUCAUCGGGAAGGACGUUAUUGUAACUACUUUUGUUUUGAUAUGCGAGAUUUUUAAGGUCGUAUUUGCUCUGGUUCUCAUGGCAAGAGAUGGUACUUUGAAGGGAGUAGCAAAAGAGUGGACGUUUAUGGGAUCCUUGACUGCAUCAGGACUUCCUGCAGCCAUUUAUGCAGUGCAGAACACUUUGUUGCAGAUCUCAUACAGGAAUCUUGAUUCCUUGACUUUUUCAAUUCUCAAUCAGACGAAAAUCUUUUUCACAGCAUUCUUUACAUUCAUAGUACUAAGGCAGAAACAAUCAAUUCAACAAGUAGGAGCUUUGUGUUUAUUGAUUAUGGCAGCAGUCCUACUAAGUGUUGGUGAAGGCUCUAACAAAGGUCCAAGUGCCAGUAAUUCAGAUCAAGUGCUCUUUUAUGGGAUUAUCCCGGCCUUGGUAGCCUCAUUGCUCUCUGGUUUAGCCUCAUCUCUAUGUCAGUGGGCUUCUCAGGUCAAGAACCGUUCAUCAUACUUAUUGACGGUUGAGAUGUCAAUUGUUGGAAGCCUCUGCUUGUUAGUAAGUCUCCUUAAAUUUCCAGAUGGUGAAGCGAUUAAAAGAUAUGGCUUCUUUCAUGGCUGGACUGCUUUAACACUGGUCCCAGUAAUAAGCGAUGCCCUUGGUGGAAUUCUUGUUGGCCUAGUUACAUCACAUGCCGGUGGUGUGAGAAAGGGAUUUGUGAUUGUGUUGGCAUUACUAGUGUCGGCGCUACUUCAGUAUGUGUUUGAAGGAAAACCGCCGUCAUUGUAUUGCCUAGUGGCUCUUCCUAUUGUGAUGACUAGUAUCUCAUUAUACCAGAAAUAUCCAUACACAGCAAGAAGAAGAAGAAGGUCUAAAGAUCCAUUCACAGAUUAGGUGCCAAAUUCAAGAAUGGGAUAUAUCUUACAUGCCGUAAUUAAAUUAUUUAACUAGAUGAUAGUGUGAUAACAUUGGAAAAAGGCUUUGUAUUAUUGUUACAUUGGAGGAUGUUAAUACAUAGAAUGAGUCCAAUUGUGAUCAUGUAAUGUCAAUACUCUAACAAAUUAUAAAGAAUCAAAAGAAAUAUCAUAUU